AUGCUGUCCCGUCUUGCGACCCAAGGCGACGGCAAAGGCAGCAGCAAGUUAUCCUCACUGAAGACCUUCGUCUAUGGAGCAGCUGAAAAAAUUCUCGGAUUCCCUCAGUGCCACCGCAGUAACUGGAUCAACGGAAGAUCCCUGCGGCCGUCUACCCAGGCGAAUAAAGCCAAAUCUCGCAAUUAUUUUUCCUUCCACCAACUCCAAAAGCUGACAGCAAAGCGAGCUGGACAUGACCGGCAGAAGUAUUGGUCGGAAACGGCGACUUUUAUGGAGCAGUCUUCAAAUGUUGGUGACACUCAAAUAUUGUGCCAGACCACCCGCUAA